AUGGGAAGUACAGACGCAGCAACAGGGGCUUUGAUUCCCUACAUCCAGCCUGGCUACAAUGUGGGACUGCUCGCCGUCGCGAUCCUUUACUUGGUAAACUUCUCCGGAUGGUUCCUGGCAGCUUUUACCAACGUCCACCUCGCCAGCCGGCUCGGCAUGGGAGGUACGCUUGUCAUCGGCGCCUCGAUACAGCUCAUCGCCUACGCUCUCACCUUCUGGAAGCCCCCGUUCUUGGUCUUUAGUUCAUCAUUCUUCUUUGCCGGUCUAGGCGUUGCGUACCUCGACGCUCAGGUCAAUACCUAUGUUGCACACAUGAGAAAUUCGCAUCGAUGGUUGGGCGUGUUGCACGCUGCUUAUGGACUGGGUGCGCUGCUUAGUCCCAUCGCGGCGACAACGUUUGCUACAAAGACCGCUUACUGGCAUUUGUUUUACCUCUUGAUGCUGGUUCUGACACUUUGCAAUAUCGCAUGGUUGUCUUGGAGUUUCCGGGAUAGCCUCCUUAAGCCCUCUAACAAUGCCGAGGGCGAGGACGCUACCGAUCAGUUGAAAGCAGCGCUUUCGCAGAAAUCAGUGUGGAUGAUUAGUCUCUUCUUCUUUCUGUAUGUUGGAGCAGAAGUUACUGCUGGUGGCUGGGUCAUCGAGUUCCUCAUCGAAGUGCGACAUAGCCCCCCCAAUGUCGCCGGCUACGUCGCGUCUGGCUUCUGGGGAGGGCUAAUGAUCGGGCGUAUUCUUCUCGCUGAUAUCACGCAUAAACUUGGCGACCGACGCAUGGUGUUUAUUUACAUCCUCAUUGGACUUGGGUUGCAGUUGGUGUUUUGGUCUGUUCCUGACGUAGCCGUUGAUGCAGUCGCCAUCAGCCUCCUCGGCUUUGUUAUUGCACCCUUCUUCCCCGUCGGGGUAUCAGUUCUCACAAACUUGCUACCUCGAGAGUUGCAUGUCGCCGCUAUAGGGUUUACGGCCACUGUUGGCCAGGCCGGGUCAGCUGCCUUUCCAUUUUUGACUGGCGCGAUAGCCUCAAAAGCAGGUGUUGCUGUUCUGCAGCCGAUUAUGGUGGCAUUGCUCGCUGGGAUGUUUUUAUGCUGGGGCCUCAUUCCGCGGGCCAAGAGGAAUUAG